AUGCGGUCAUUUACAUACAUUGCCUACCUGUUGAUAUGGCUAGUGAGCGAUUGCAGCUUCCGGGUAGCAGCCCAGAGCAGCUCGCCUGCAUCAGCUGCUGCACCGCCGGUUCGAAGUCAUCAGUCUGUGGCCAGCCAUGGCCCAUACAGUGGAACGCCCACAGUUACUGGAGCAUUGAAGAACACUCCAUUGGGUACAGAGAUACCUGCAGGACCUCCAGCAGCAACAGCUACGACAUACCCAAGUGAUGGGCAGCUUCACGGCCCCCAACCUGCUCCGUAUGUUCCAGCCGGAGGUCGAGGGACGAAUGGGACUCAACCGGUGUAUAACGUCAAAAGCGAUUUUGAUUAUGAAUCGUUGGCUCUGGCAUUGUAUCAGGAAUGGAUCGAACUGGAUCUCUUCCGGUACGGCCUUCAAAACUUCUCGGAACAAGAAUUUGCUGCUGCCGGACUCACUUCAGAAGACAGGUAUCUGAUCGAGUUCAUGGCUGAGCAGGAGAUUGGUCAUGCAACUAUGCUCAGUAAUAUCUUGGGUGCUGAGGCUCCUAUGCAGUGCUCGUACAACUACCCUUUCACUAAUGUCCGUGAGUUUGUAGACUUUUGUCAGAAACUCACUCGCUUUGGUGAAUCGGGAGUGUAUGGGUUCCUGGGUCAUCUCAACUCAGGCGAAGCAGCCACGCUUCUCCUCCAGUCAAUCACCACCGAGGCCAGGCAGCAGAUGAUAUUCCGCCAGUUUAACGGCAUGUUCCCUAUGCCCGUCUGGUUUGAAGUUGGUAUCCCGCAGUCAUGGGCGUGGACCUUACUCGCCCCUUAUAUCAGCUCAUGUCCACCGGACCAGACCAAACUUGCCUGGCAAAACUUCCCAGCUCUGCGCAUAAUCAACCAACCUAGCCCAGCACGCAUCAACGGCUCUGCAGGAACAAACGAGACGUUAGGCCCCGGCAUGAAUACAUUGCGUAGUUCGAACCUCACCUCCUCUCAAAGCUGUCUCAACGCAACCGAUUCGUCUACCGACUGUGGCCCAGCAAUCACCCAAAACCGUACAAAUCCUCUCUCUUAUCCCGGCCGUGUCGUCAAUCUCUCGUGGGAUAGCCCCGGAAAAGCUGUCGGCCCAAAUAACAGCUAUAUCACCUCUUCUCAAGCGAAAGCCCCCAAAUUUGUCGUCUGGGUAUCGCAGCUCAAUGUCACAUAUUCUACUUUGAAUAUGCAAGGGAACAGCUCAGGUACCACCGUGCAGCCGAAUAUGGAGACCUUCCAGGGGGAUCCAGCAAUCAACGGAACCAUGUUCAUCGCUGUCACAGACUCAGACACGCCGUAUACGUCGUUCAAUCUGUCAAUGAUCAACCCGCACAUCGUUGCCGGUCCAGCAUUGUAUCAGGCUGGCUGA